AUGGAAGACCCCUUCAGCCCGAGCAGCCCGGCAGCCGUGCCCAACGUCUCCAGCGUCCCGGAGCCAGCAGGCGGCCUCAACCUCUCCGCCCCCGGGGGGCAGUGGCCGCUGCCCAGCCGGCGGGCGCGGGCGGCGUCGGCGGGCGCCGUCCUGCUGCUGGCGCUGGUGGGCAACUGCCUGGUGCUGCGCCGCCUCGGCUGCUGCGGCUGCUGCGGCCGGGGCCGGCGGCGGCGGCGCAAGAUGGACUUCCUCAUCGCCCACCUGGCGCUGGCCGACCUCUGUGGCUGCGGGCUGGCGCUGCUGCCGCGGCUGGCGGCCGAGCUGCGCGGGCCGGGCUGGCCGCCGGGGGCCGCCGCCUGCCGCCUGCUGCCGCUGCUGCAGGGCUGCGGGCCGCUGGCCUCGGCGCACGUCCUGGUGCUGCUGGCGCUGGAGCGGCACCACGUGGUGCGGCGCCCGGCGCGGCCGCCGCUGCCUGCGCGCGGCCUCGCCGCCCUGGGCUGGCUGCUGGCGCCGCUGCUGGCGCUGCCGCAGGCCUUCGUCUUCCGCCCGGCGCCGCGCCCCGGCGGGCCGCGCUGCCGCAGCAUCUUCGAGGAGCUGCCGCGCUGGCACGGCCUGGCCUACGCCGCCUACGGGGCCGCCACGGGCUUCGUGGCGCCCGCCUGCCUGCUCGGCUGGGCCUACGGCCGCAUCCUGCUCGCCGUGUGGGCCGCCCGCGGGCACAAGGCGGCGGCGGGGAGCGGGCGGCGCUACGCGGGGCCGCCGCCCGGGCUCGGCGGCUGCGGGAUGCCCCGCGCGCGGGCGCGGACGCUGCAGCUGACGCUGGUGCUGAUCGCGCUGUUCGCGCUGUGCCGCCUGCCGCGCUGCGCCAUGGAGCUCGGCCUCGCCUCGGCGCCCGCCCGGCCCGGCGCCCGCGGCGCGCGGGAGGCGCUGGCGGCACUCGGCAUCGUGGCGGCGGCCAACAGCGCCCUCAACCCCUUCGCCUACCUGCUCUUCCAGAGCCACCGGCCCUGGGCGCGCCGCCUCCAGCGAGGCCUCUGCGGCGCGGGGCCCGGCGGCGCCUGCUGCUGCCCUGGCCUCGAGGCAGAGCCGCGGCGCCGCGCCACCCACCGCGCCCCGCACCGGCCCCGCCGGCGCCCCCCCGCCGACGCCGCGCCCGCCGACCCCAGCGCCGCCAUCUCGGGGCCCCCCGACCCCGGCGCCGCCACCGCCGACGCCGCCAUCUCGGGGCCCGCCACCCCCGGGGCCGCCACCGCCGGAGCCGCCAUCUCUGGGCCCGCCACCCCCGGGGCCGCCAUCUCAGAGCCGGCCACCGCCGCGGCCGCCGUCUCGGGGCCCGCCACGCCGCCGCCGGGCGCCGCCGCCGAGAGCCGCUGCUAG